CUCCUCUCUCUUAAAAAGCACCAAAAACCCAUUAAACCAAAUCCAAACAAGAACCACUGCCAAACUCCAUAACGCUUCUCUCUCUCUCUCUCUCUCUCUCUAUACAUAUCGACACACCAAUUUGCAAAACCGAAGAAAACGCUUCCUUUGCUUCCGCUGCUUUCUUCUCCUUCUUUUCACCAUAAAAAUCCAUGGCUGUUGAAGCCCGCCAUCUCAAUCUUUUUCCAUCCCAACUCAUACCCAACAGGGAAAUGAUGAACCAGAUUCAAGGGAACUCGAAUCUUUACAAUACUCAGAUUGGGUACGGAGUGCCGUUAUCCACCGGAGGAGUGGCGGGGGAGGCUCUGCUGCCGACGUACAACUCCGUGAUCGCCGAUUCGAUAAUGCCGCCGAAGACUUCCGCCAUGAAAUCCGACAGCGGCCUCACCUACAACUUUCCGAUCACUCUCCCGAGAAAGCGGUCCAGAGACUCGAUUGGCAACGGCAUCAGCCCUUCGUUUUCGCACCCGACUCCACCGUUAACCAACUACAAGAACUGCGGGGCUUUCUCUUUUCUCGGCGAGGACAUUUCUCUGCACGUGCAGCAGCAGCAGUUCGACGUCGACCGUCUCAUUUCGCAACACAUGGAGAAAGUGAGAUUGGAGGUCGAGGAGAAGAGGAAUCGGCAGGCGCGGCGGAUAAUAGAUGCCAUUGAGGUGGGGGUGGUGAAGCGGCUGAGGGCAAAGGAGGAAGAAAUUCAGAAAAUUGGGAAGCUGAACUGGGCGCUGGAAGAGCGGGUCAAGUCGUUGUGCAUGGAGAAUCAAAUAUGGCGCGACCUCGCUCAGACCAACGAGGCCACCGCCAAUGCCCUCCGCACCAACCUCGAGCAGGUCCUGGCACACCAGGCCAAGGACGACAACAACCAAAACGACGCCAACGCCACCGCGCUCAUGGACGACGCCCAGUCAUGCUGCGGAAGCAGCGGAGGCGACGAAGGCCGAAACGACGGAGUCGUGGGGUUAGAUGGGUGGCGCACGGUGAAGGGUACUACUAGUACAAAUGGUACGGAGGGUCCUGGCGGGGAGGAAGGUACAAGCGGGGGAUGCAGGUCGAGUACAAGUAGGUGGUGCAGGAGUUGCGGGACGGAGGAGGCCUGCGUGUUGCUUUUGCCCUGUAGGCACCUUUGUUUGUGUACGGUGUGCGGAUCAUCGCUGCACACUUGCCCCAUCUGUAAAUCCGCCAAGAACGCUAGUGUGCAUGUUAACAUGUCUUAGAUCAAAUUAAUUCACCUCCCAAAAAAAAAUACAAAUUUUCAUCAAUACAAAUCUGUUCUUC